AUGGCCGAAGCGGCGCCUGCCCCGGCUCCAGAGAGGGACAAGCAAACAGGGGAUGAAAGGCCUUUGACGCCUUCUCCAUCACCCCAGCUGGCUGCUGAGAAGAGCUCAUACCUCUACUCCACGGAGAUCACUCUGUGGACGGUGGUGGCCGCCAUCCAGGCAUUGGAGAAGAAAGUGGAUUCCUGCCUGGCCCGCCUGCUGACUCUGGAGGGGCGGACGGGGACGGCGGAAAAGAAGCUGGCCGACUGCGAGAAGACGGCCGUGGAGCUGGGGAACCAGCUGGAGGGCAAGUGGGCGGUGCUGGGGACCCUGCUGCAGGAGUACGGGCUGCUGCAGAGGCGGCUGGAGAACGUGGAGAACCUGCUGAGGAACAGGAACUUCUGGAUCCUGCGGCUGCCCCCGGGCAGCAAGGGCGAGGCCCCCAAGGUGCCCGUGACCUUUGAUGAUGUGGCCGUGUAUUUCUCUGAGCCAGAGUGGGGCAAACUGGAUGAGUGGCAGAAGGAGCUGUACAAGCACGUGAUGCGGGGCAACUACGAGACGCUGGUCUCCCUGGAUUAUGCCAUCUCCAAACCGGAUAUCCUCACCCGGAUGGAGAGGGGAGAGGAGCCUUGCCCUGAAGGCCCGAGGGGCCAGGAGGAGGGGAGUGACAGAGAGGAAGCACGCCCAAGGAGGCUGGGCGCUGGCCUUCCUCCAUACCCAGAGCACACCUCCAGCCCAGUCAGCCCUGCCCAGAAGGAGCCAAAAGAAGGUCAGGCCUCCAAGCACCAGCAAGACUCAGAAACAAGAGUUACCCCACCCGAAACGAGCACCGGUGGUGGCGGUAUGGUCAUCAAGACGGAAGCACAAUCUGAGGACGAGAUGAUGCCUGAGCAGCUCUACCUGGGGGAGUCCCCGAGCCAGCCAGAGUGUAGACUCCCCAAAGGGCCCAGGAGCAGGACCGGGGGUUCUGGCCGGCUUCACUCGGGGGCAGCGCCCAGGGCGCGGGCAGGGGACCCUCUGCCACCGGGGGCACCGGGGGCGGGGGGCGAGGCGCCUCGCGUCCUCCCCCGCCGGCGAGAGCGGGCCUUCCCCUGCCCUGACUGCGGACAGAGCUUCCGCUUGAAGAUCAACCUGACCAUUCACCAACGGACCCACGCGGAGGAGGAGCAGCGCGCGGAGGCCCGGGGCGGCUCGGCCUCCGGGGCCGGGGUACGUGCCCAGCCCGCGCUGGAGCCUGGGGAGGUGGUGGUGCCUGGCCCCGUCAUCCGCUGGCUCCCAGAGGGGCCCGAGGGCCGCCGCUGCUUCGUGGGGCGGAGGCCGGUGGCCGCCAAGGUGUACCACUGCAGCGAGUGCCUGCGCUUCUUCCAGCAGCGGAAGAGCCUGCUGCUGCACCAGCGCCUGCACACCGGCGACAGCCAGGGCUGGCCCGCCUGCCCCUACUGCGGCAAGGCCUUCCGCCGGCCCUCGGACCUCUUCCGGCACCAGCGCAUCCACACGGGCGAGCGGCCCUACCCGUGCCCCGAGUGCGGCCGCGCCUUCAACCGCAACCACCACCUGGCGGUCCACAUGCAGACGCACGCGCGCGGCCAGGGCGGCCCGCACGUUCCGGCUCCCCCCGCCCGCCUGGGCAGCCCGCCGCUGGCACGGCCCAGCCCCUCCAAGGAGGGCUGA